AUUAAAUUUUUAGCGCACUUCAGAUUCGGUGCAGGCCGAUCACCUUUACCAGAUCAAUUUUUCUGUGAAUCAUGACCUCAAACGGAGUACUACAUAAAUAGAGUGACUAUGGGCAGUGGCAGUUCUAAAUGUUGAUAUUAGACUCUGGCCUUGUUGCGCUGGUGCCUGGCAUGGAAAAGCGUCGAAGAUAAACGUAAUCAGCAAUAUAUUUUCGUCUUAAUAUCAGAAAUUUUUACUACCUCCAAAUACUAAGACAAGAACCAGAGAACGGAAAUGGCAGCAACGUCAACGCGUAAAGCGCAAAAGUUUUACAAAUUGGAAAUCAACCGAACAGAAUGGGAGGUUCCCGACAUGUAUCAAGAUCUGCAGCCUGUGGGUCAGGGCGCUUACGGACAGGUUUGCAAAGCAUUGGUGAAAAACGGGAGUACGACCACAAAAGUGGCCAUCAAAAAAUUGGCCAGACCCUUUCAAUCAGCUGUACAUGCUAAGCGUACGUAUCGGGAACUGCGGCUACUAAAGCAUAUGGAUCACGAAAAUGUGAUUGGACUGCUGGACAUUUUCCAUCCCAAUCCGCCCAAUUCGACGCUCUAUCUAGUGACUCAUCUGAUGGAUGCAGACCUUAAUAAUAUAAUACGCAUGCAGCAUCUCUCCGAUGACCAUGUACAAUUUUUGGUCUAUCAAAUUCUUAGAGGACUAAAAUAUAUACACAGUGCCGGGGUUAUACAUAGAGAUCUCAAACCUUCCAACAUAGCUGUCAACGAAGAUUGUGAAUUGAGAAUUCUAGACUUUGGUUUGGCUCGGCCCACCGAAAAUGAAAUGACUGGAUAUGUGGCCACGCGCUGGUAUCGUGCCCCAGAGAUUAUGCUUAACUGGAUGCACUAUAAUCAGACAGUGGAUAUAUGGUCUGUCGGGUGCAUUAUGGCAGAAUUAAUUACGAGACGUACUCUAUUCCCAGGCACAGAUCACAUACACCAGCUCAAUUUAAUUAUGGAGAUGCUUGGCACUCCGCCCGAUGACUUUAUGAAAAAAAUCUCGUCCGAGAGUGCUCGAAACUACAUUUUAUCACUGCCCCCGAUGAAGAGACGUUCCUUUAAGAGGGUGUUCGAGAACGCUAAUCCACUGGCUAUAGAUUUGCUGGAACAAAUGCUGGAGCUGGAUGCCGAGAAGCGGAUCACAGCGGAGGAGGCAUUGGCCCAUCCGUAUUUGGAGAAAUAUGCCGAACCAAGUGAUGAGCAGACUUCGCCGCCAUAUGAUCACAGUUUCGAGGAUAUGGACCUUAGUGUUGAAAAGUGGAAGGACCUUAUCUACAAGGAGGUAGUGAACUUUAAACCACCACAAUCCUACGCUCAUAUAUGGCAGGAUAUUAAGUAAUAAAUUGGCUUAUAUCGAGUUUUAUUACAUUUGUCAUACACACACAUACUUAUAAUUUUGAUACUCCCAAAGUGCCCAUUCGUACCAAAAAGAAAACAAAAUUGCUUUAUUGAUAAUCUUGACUAAUAUAUAACAAACCAUAAAUGUAUACAUAUUAUAUAAUACAUAUAUUUUUAUACCGA